AUGUCUUCACUAAAUACUAUAAAUUUUUUUAAUCUUAUUAAAAAAAUUAAUGACACUAUCAUUAAUAAAGAAAAAAGAAUCAUUUUGUUAAAUAAUGUCAAGAAUCAGAUUAAUUUAACCAAACAAGAAUAUGAUGAAAGUAGAUAUUAUGAGCCUAUUAUGAAAGGUGUAAUAAAAUAUGGAAAUGAUUUAGAAAUUGAAGAUUAUGAAUUAAAAAAACAUGAUACUGUGUAUAGAGAAUAUACUGAUGAUGAUAUAAAAUGUAUUAGUCAGUUAAAUUUGAUUUUUAAGAUGUGUGAUGAUAUUGAAAAUGAUAAAACUAUUAAUCAAGAAAUCCAUUAUGAUGAAAAUCAUGAAUUAUUUUUCAAAGAAGUAAACAGAAUAUUGGUAAAUCCUUCUGACGAAGAAAAGGAAUUUCUUAAUAUUAAGAAAAAAGAAAUGGAAUAUGAUUUAAUGAAAAAUAAUGAAAAUGAUCAUAAGAUGCUUAAAGAAAAAUUUAAUGAAUUACCUGAUUAUCUAUUUAAACGUUUAAUUCUAAUUUAUGAACAUUAUCAUCGACAUAAUACAUCUAAUGAAUUUAAAAAUUGGGUUUAUCAAUUUGCUAAUAUUUUUUUAAGUGAUUUUUUAAUAGAAACAUAUUUUAAUAUUAAAAGUAGUAUUUUUUUAAAUAACGUUAGUUUAGAAGAUAUUUCUUUAAUUAUUUUAAUGACUAAAAUAGGAUUUGAUUAUAGAUUAUUUAAAGAAUAUGAAAUUUAUACAUCUGAAUAUGAAAUUAUUUGA